ACCGCAGCGAGAGACUGUCGGCGCGGAUCCCACGUGCGUGACGCAACGUGUGCUGGCCUCCGCGCGAGUUUGUGCCCCGAUCUCCUGGCAGGAGGCUCCCUGCGAUGUUUUGACAGCGGGACUUUUUCGUGCACGCUCGAGGAACGAUAUUAGUUAAGUGUCGCCACGAUGGAGCAGCUGGUACGAAGGUGCGCCGUAUCGGCGGUGACAUUGGCACGCAGGUCGGCGCUCGGCGCGACUUACGUCCAGCCGUGCAGAGGCAAGAGAAGGGACAGCAGCACGAGCCUGCCGGAAUCUCUGUUCCACCCUGUGCCCAUCAAGCCGAAUCCGGAUGACAUAAACGUCGGCGCCGAGCUGACGGGCUCCUCGUUGCGCAAGACGGAUCUGCUCAAGGUACUCAACGCCUUCUCGCAGAAGACCGAGAUCAAGGAGCUGGCUCAGAAGUCCGGAUUGGAUAGCUACCUCCAGAACCAAGCUUUCACAAACUUCAAGCAGUACUGUAUGGGAACGGAGCCGUUGCCGGUGGAUCUCUAUGUCGUCCUGAGCGACAUAUUGCAAGGCGCCGGAAAUGUCAGCGAUAUCUUUCCGUAUUUCCUAAAGCAUGCCAAACAAAUAUUUCCGCAUAUCGAUUGCUUGGACGAUCUCAAAAAGAUCAGCGACCUACGAAGCCCCGCUACCUGGUAUCCUCUAGCGAGAUCAAAAAAUAGGACAAUAGUUUUUCACGCUGGACCAACGAACAGCGGGAAGACUUAUCACGCUCUCGAGAGAUUUAUUACCGCAAAAAGUGGGGUGUAUUGCGCGCCGCUAAAGUUACUGGUUGCGGAAGUAUUUCAUAAAUGCAACGAUAGGGGAACACCAUGUGAUUUGUUAACUGGAGAAGAACGAAAGAAUGUCAAGGGGUACAAUAACGCAGCGGAUCAUUUAUCCUGUUCCGUAGAAAUGGUGAAUCUACAAAACCAUUACGAAGUAGCUGUAAUUGACGAGAUUCAGUUAAUGCGCGAUCUUAGCAGAGGCUGGGCGUGGACGAGGGCCCUUCUGGGAAUUUCGGCGGACGAGAUACAUUUAUGCGGCGAAGCCGCUGCUAUAGAAUUAGUAAAAGCCAUAUGCGUUUCGACGGGCGAAGACGUGGAAGUUCGCAGGUAUAAGCGGUUAACGGAACUGGAGAUUGAAAAUCGAGCCGUCGAAACGUUGAAUAACGUCAUGCCGGGAGAUUGCAUAGUUUGUUUUAACAAAAACGAUAUAUAUACUGUGUCGCGUUCCCUCGAGAGCAGAGGAAAAGAAGUGGCUGUGAUAUAUGGCAGUUUACCACCAGGCACCAAGCUGGCGCAAGCUGCGAAAUUUAACGAUCCCAACAAUUCUUGUAAGAUCUUGGUGGCGACCAAUGCCAUCGGAAUGGGCCUGAAUUUGCAUAUCCGGAGGAUUAUAUUUUAUUCGUUGAUUCAGCCAACGUCCAACGAAAAAGGCGAAAAGGAAAUGGAUGUUAUAUCUGUCUCGGCGGCUCUGCAAAUAGCAGGUCGUGCUGGACGUUAUGGCACGGUUUGGGACACAGGUUACGUAACGGCGUUUAAACGGGAGGAUCUGCCGACUUUGAAAAAUUUGUUGAGUCAAACGCCGGAGACGAUAACGCAGGCUGGUCUCCAUCCAACGGCGGAUCAGAUUGAGUUGUACGCUUAUCAUUUGCCGAACGCGACGCUGUCGAAUCUUAUGGAUAUUUUUGUGUCUCUGUGCACAGUCGACGAUUCUCUUUAUUUCAUGUGCAACAUAGACGACUUUAAGUUCCUAGCCGACAUGAUACAGCACGUUUUACUGCCGCUCCGUGCGAGAUACGUAUUCUGUUGCGCGCCGAUCAAUCGGAAAUCGCCAUAUGUGUGUACCAUGUUCCUAAAGUUCGCACGUCAAUACAGUAAAAACGACGCGAUAACAUUCAACUGGUUAUGCCAACAUAUCGGAUGGCCUUUCCAAAUGCCAAGAACUAUUAUCGAUCUCAUCCAUCUCGAAGGCGUCUUCGAUGUAUUGGAUCUUUACCUGUGGCUAAGCUACCGUUUCAUGGACCUGUUCCCGGAUGCCGAAAUGGUCCGCGACAUACAGAAGGAACUUGAUGCACUCAUCGAGGCAGGAAUAGUUCGAUUAACAAAUCUGUUGUUGAAUUCGGAUUCAGGUGGAGAGGCCGAUAGUUUCGAGUUGCAGACGCAGAAGCAAAACUUUUACAGAGAUUUUAAGGGAACUGGCAAACGUAGCGUGGGUAAAGGCAAAUUGACUGAACGAUUAAUAGCGGAGGGACUCUUGACACCACAGAUGUUACGCCAAUUGCAAUCCGAGUGGAUUAAGUCAAAGAACAAGAAAUAAUGCAACUGUGUAUAGCGAAAUGUAUUAAAAUUGAAAGCAAUUCUUUUAUUGUAUAACAACGUAACUGUGAAUUAAAGAAUGGCACAAUUAAGCCGACACAAUACGAAUAAUAAUGUAAUAAGAGAGUAUUGACAGCGUAAAUAGUAGCGAUAUUACGUAGCGUGAACUCGUGAAGAGCAAAAAAUGUUCAUUGAAUUCAAUAUUCAAUCAAUUCAGUCAACGAAAUAAUCAGAAGUUCAUUAAAUUUUGUUUUCUUCGAAACUUGCCGACAAACUUACGAUGUACGAUUUAAUUCGCGCGUACUCAUAUGUAAUAAAUAAAUUAAUUUUUUACGAAAUA